UCCUCAGUUCGCGAGGGCAAUUACGUAGUACAACUGUUCACCUUCCAAGCACCCGAACAAGUCACUAGUACUAUUUGUCUAUUAGAUAUGAAAACCGUCUACAAACAUUGUUUUAGGGGACUAGGUUGAUUGAAACUAUGCAGCUCGUUCAUUUGCGCACAUCCAACAUGGCUGAUUGGCACAGAAUCAUCUUUGGUAACCCGAUGUCCGGCCAUUCUAUGCUGCCUCUGGUCAUUCAAGUUAUGCAAUGGAUCUAUUCUACUGUCGAUCCUGAACGCCCACCACCAUUCACGGUGGACAACUGGUGGCACUUGUUAAGCCUAUCCUACCAGGUAGAGGAGUCUGGACGUGAGCCGUCAAUCAUCAUCCUCAAUCUCAGAGAAGGCGAACCAGAUCAGCCGGUCAUGAACACCCAUUUCAUGAUUAACCUAAUCACCAUGGGUGCUCUCUGGACUAUCGUUUCCCGGUACCCCAGGAGAUCGUAUCUCUCCUAGGAGAACUCAGGGAAUACGUAAGGAGGAUUGUCCGAGGCAGAUGGGAGGCGAAAGCAGCACGAAACCGCGAGGCAGCCCGUCGCCUCGAGCAAGAGAGAGAAGAUCGAGAUUGAGUCCAGGCGAGUAAAUUACAUGUUUGUAAGAGAGU